AUGAAAGUAACCUUCCUUCCUCAUAUCAUCUAUAGAGAAAACAUCUGUGCCAUCUGCCCAGACUGGGGAUGGCCCUCCACACACAGCAUCAUCAUCAGUAGCACCUCUGCAUCAGUGGGUUUUGAGACAUCAGAGAUCCAGUGGAGAAGAGAGUGUAUUAGCCUGAGUCUGAGCCCUUGGUCAACUACAGGAAUUCUACAUUCUGCAUAUCUGCGUCCUGCCUAGUCCAACCCAAACAAACCCAUCACAAGCCAGCCAUGAAAGACUCCCCGAGCUCCUCGACCUCCUCGAUCUCCUGCCCUUACCUGUACCUGUGGAGCAACAGCGCCAACAACAGCAGUGGAGGCAACGUGAUCCUGGAGCAUUACAACCACACCGGGCGUCUGCAGCACCGCCUUCCCCAGCAGGGUGGCCUGAGCCUGGGUGUGGCCCUCUCCCUCUUCAUCAGCGUUCUCAUCAUCCUGGAGAACCUGCUGGUCCUGACGGCCGUGCUCUCCCGCAUUCGCCACAGCCGCCGCUGGGUCUACGUGUGCAUAGCCAACAUCACCCUGAGUGACCUGCUGGCCGGUGCGGCCUACGUGGUCAACAUCUGCAUGUCGGGCGGUCAGACCUUCAGGCUAAGCCCUGCCCUGUGGCUGUUCAGGGAAGGCGUGCUGUUCGUGGCCCUGGCGGCCUCUAUCUUCAGCCUGCUGCUGAUCGCCGUGGAACGCUACACCACCAUGAUGGCGCCGCUGCACCAGAAGUCAGCUGGGAAGAUGUGUCGCAUCUACGGCCUGGUGGUGCUGUGCUGGGUCCUGGCCUUCGCCAUCGGCUUCCUCCCCCUGCUGGGCUGGAAUUGCAUGUGCAGGCUGGAGAGCUGCUCUACCCUGCUGCCGCUCUAUUCCAAGAGCUACAUCCUCUUCUCCCUUUUCAUCUUCUCCAUCAUCCUGCUGGCCAUCGGCGUGCUCUACGGCGCCAUCUACUGUCACGUGCGCUGCAGUGCCGAAGUGGGCUCCCUGCGCAGCCGCAAGCGCUCCCUGGGGCUCCUCAAGACCGUCAUCUCAAUUGUGGGCGUGUUCAUCAUGUGCUGGGGGCCUCUGUUCGCCCUGCUGCUCGUGGACUUCUUCUGCGUAUCGCGGCAGUGCGCGCCACUCUUCAGCGCCGACUGGGUCAUCGCGCUGGCCGUGCUCAACUCGGCCCUGAACCCAGUCAUCUACGCGCUGGGCAGCACGGAGCUGAGGAAGGCCAUCGCGGGGCUGCUGUGCUGCUGCUGCCUCUGGGCCGGCCUCUGUCGCCCGGACGCCUUCGUGUCCAAGGAGACCAGCAGCACGGGGAGCAGCCGGCACAGCAGCCUGAGGAACAGCUUCAACAAGGUCCGGAGUGUCAGUCUCAGCCCACCUCCUGCCCCCAAGGGCCCCAAGAGGAGCCGACGUCUGAGCUCUACCACCACCUGCCUGUCCAUUUCCAGCAGUUAGACCACAACAGGCUGCCUGGGGGUGGGGUGGGGUUGCAUAAGAGAGAGCGCUCUCUCUGCUCUCUCUCUCUCUCUUUGGCUCUCUCGCUCUAUCUGUGUGUGUGAACACAGAAUGCCGUUUCUCAAUUAUCUAGCUCCACCCAAAUGAGUACAGCAAUGACACAGGGCUAACGGUCCUCUGCUGUUUUGUUUUUUUACCAUUUUGCACUGUCAUCAUGCCGGGAUGAGUGAUCUGUAUUUUGUUAUAUAUUACAAAAAUAAGUGAAACGAAUGUAUGGAAGUUUUGGUAUUAGAAACAUAUCUUAUAUUGCCAAUAUUGUUUUCCUUGAAAGAGGUCGAUGUAUUAUGCACGUUUUUAGUGCUUUUCUACUAUUCUUGUAUGCCACUCCAUUCCAAAAAAAUGUAUGUGUAUAUUUGUAUUUUUGAAGUUAUAUUUUGUUUACAUACAUUUCUGUACAUUUAGGCCGGACAUCUAUAUAGUCACUUUGUCAAGCUGAUUUCAAAUGGGAUUUAUAAAAUAAAUUUGAUU